UGCGCCCUUCGGGCAUAGAUCGUGUAUAUAACGAUCUGUAUUUUACCUUGUGCAAAAUGGAUUUAGAUUUCUUCAAAAAAAUGGAAGUCUGCGAAAAUGAGUCCACAGACAGUGUGGAAAGGAAAGAGGAUCCGAAAAAGCCAGAAGUGCUCUGGCUAGCAAGUUUUCUAAAAUCGCUACAACAAAGCAUAGACUCCCCUGAAAUAUGGAGGUUUGAUAAAUCUAUCAAAGAAUUUUGCAGUUACCUGAGAAACGAAAUACCAGCAAAUAUCUCUGGAGGGUUAAAAGUUCGUUCAUUUUUUAUUAUGAAACAUGUUCAAUACUGUCUGUGCUUCUAUUCGAAUCUGUAUCAAGAUGCAGCAGAGGUAUUGGAUGAGGCGGUUUACAAUGUCAGGAUGAUGGAACUGCUUCCACUGUAUUUUGAUUUAGAAUUGGUAGCUCAUGGUGCAACUCAAAUGUCGGAUGAGGAUUCAGCUGAAAGAAUAGCAACGAUAUUGAAUAUAUAUCUCCAAAGGAAUAAAUUGCAAGCUAGUGAGAUGCUGUUACAUAUGACAACGUAUUGGUCGCCGCCGCAGUUCGAGAGAAUAAAAGACUUACUAGUUUUUUUGUUUAAGAAACUACUAAACCAUAAAGUAGAGCCAGAAAACGAUGUCGAGUACAUACAAUAUAUACUAUUAUAUAGACUUUGGAUGAUAAUAGCCAAAGAAGGCAAGGAAAUCAUGGACAUUCAAAGGCACUGUAUUUCUCAUUUAUCUUUUCCAAACAAUCUACGAAUAACCAGGUCAAUGACUCAGAUAUUUCCACCUGGAACACCUUUAAAAUCCAUACAAUCUAUGCUCAUAGUUGACAUUGACGUGUUUCCUGUGACUCAGGCCUUUUUAAAACACAUGAUAACACUGAGAAAUAAUAGUAUAUUGGGAAUUGAUUUGAAUUCGGAUCUGCUUAUACCGAUUGGAAAUGCAGAGGAAAAUGAUGUGCAGUUGGAUUCACUUGAAACUUGUUUUGAAGAAUAUGUGAAUAAUAUUGCUGAAAAUUUCAAACACUCGUCAGAGAUGCAAGAUUCCAUGAGUGAUUUGAUGAACCGCCUAUUGGCCAAUACUUCCCUGGAUGCAUUAUCAAGUGGUGUCCAAACAAUAGACAAACAAAGCAAACAGAGGCACUUGAAAUCAUCUCAAAGACGUGAAAGAGCAGAAGCGAGGAGGAGGCAAGCUGAACUUGAACAAAGACGCAUCCGAGAGCAAGCUGAACAACAACAAUUGGCCAUGCAACAGCAAAUUGCUCUAAUGUUUGAAAGAUCCCAACAACAUUCUUAUUUUUCCAUGAGCAAUCCAUUGAGUACAAUAAUCAAAUCUGAUGAAGUCAUUUGUUUAUCAGACACGGAUGAGGAUGAAGAAAAUAAACCUGUAGUUUCUAAUUUACCAACAAAUGUUGCUCCAAACAUUAAUCCUUCCUCAUUUUUUGAUAUGUCUGAAAAUAGUCCGCUGCGCCAAUUUGUAGUUGACAUUAUAAAUAAUACUACAUCGACGUUUAUCACUGAAACUAAGAAACAACUUGGAAUUUUAGCACUUUCAGAACAAUUCUUUAACAGAUGUUUAGAACCUAAUAAUAUUGUUCGAACUGAAGAUAUUGCUAAUAAACUUUUACCAAACUUUGAUAAAGUUCUGACAAGUGUAGUGCAAAAAGUUGUUGAAAAAACUACUAACAAGAAUAUAGAACAAACGCCUGUGGAGGGUGUUAGUCAAACAUCUGUUAGUAAUGAACCUGCUCCUUCUCCAAGUAAAGCAUCCACUAGUAACAAUACAAGUGUAGUACUUGACAAAAAAUGUGAUAGCAAUUCCUCAACUGAACGUGAUAAUAGUAUUUCUGUAAGUUCAAGUGACUUAAAUAAAUCACCUGCUAAAACGUGUGUUUCAUCUACUCAGGAGGCCAGUAUCAAUACUGCCGCAGAAACAUCACCAUCUGAAGUAGUUACAUCAAAAACUAAUGAAGAAUCAACAGCCAACAAAGUUGCUAAUGAUAAUAAUACAAGUUUGUCUCAGGAAGAGAUGUCCAUGAAUACUGAGAACCGUCAGGAAGACCAAACUGGUUUAAAUUCAAUGUUGACAGUUGAUACUGAGCUCCAGCAAAACAGUUAUCCUGUUGAUGAAAGUUUUGUUGCAGAUUCAUCACAAAUCACACCUGUUACUUUAGAAAGUAGCAAGCCUACAAUAACUACACCUGAAUUGAUAAACACAUGCAUGUCUAUAUUGUCCAAAGAUCAAACGAGUAAAUCUACUGCAUUAGUUACUACCACACAAGCAUCACAGCAACUGCAAUCAAGCUUGCUUUUGCCCGCUGUGACAAAUGAAGUAAUAAGUGAAUCUGCAGCUUCAAGUAAUUUACCAUUAUUACCUGAUGAAAGCGAACCAGCAGCUGAUAUUGGUAGAAGUGCUAGUGAUAAUUUCAAUGAUAGCUACAACGUCAUGAACCAAAAUGAAAACGUUCCAGAAAACAACAGUUCUACUAAUAAUGAUUCUAAUAUUAGUUUACCCCGAAUUGUUGAUUGUUAUAGUUUAAAGUCAUUAGAAAUUGAUCCUAAUGAAAGCACAACGCUUCAAGAAGAUGUCACUUUAAAUGUGUCACCGUCACCUAAAACCUACAUAGAUAAAGGCAAAGAAGCAAAAAGGAGUUGGCGGGAAAAUAAAACUCACAGCGACAAACGGAAUAAAUCACUGUCGCCUUUGAAGAAAGUAUCUUUUCCUGAUCUGGAAACUACUGAUCAUCAAUCUCAGCCUGUAGUUCGUCGCCGAAAUAGUUUUAUGACUCCUGCUCAACUAAAAUAUAUGUCUAGUGAUGCUGAAAUUAGUAGGAAUGACAGUGAUAUGGAAAUUGAUGAUACCUUUCCAACACGCGAUACGUAUUUUCAUCAUGAAGAUUCAACCGAUUCAGGUAAACAUAAAGACUCAGUUGGUAAACUAAAUACGGAAGAAAACACUAGACACAAUGACGAUAUCACACAAAAUUUAAAUUAUGAUAAUAUUUUAUCACCAAUAAGUCCUAUGCCUGAAAUUCCAGAGGUCACCAAGUCCAUUUUGAAACGUAGAACAGUAAAAAAGACUUCUCCGAAAAGCCGCGACAUGUCUUCUAUACACGUAGCUGAAAAAUCUAUUUUAAAAAGUUCUAAGAAUCAAAAAGGUAAAUCCAAUCUUUACUUACUAAAACGCAGCGAGAGUCCGAGCAGCCAGGAUGUGAAAAACAGGCACGUGCCAGUCGCAAAUGUGACACCACAAUAUAAACAAGUUCAUUUUCUAAGUGAAAUGCAUGAUAAUUCUAACAAUAGCAGGAAGAUGCAGGUUCCAAAGGAGGAGAAAUCUUCAGAUAUUCAGUUUCGUUUGACUUUUUACAAACCGGAAAAUUCUCCAAGUUCUUCUAAGAACAGGUUUGCGGCGAAACGAAGAGACAGUCAACAAUCAACAACUCCAUGUCUGCAAUCAACAUCAACAAUGAACAGAUCGGUGUCGCCGGCGCAAAGCAGUCGAAACUCAUCAACAGUUCGUAGUCCCGAUUCUUCUUCCGCUGCUAGCCGCUGCGGUUUUUACGAUGAUGAUGCGUCCGUCCAUAGCGGCAAAUCGAACGUGAGUGUGACCAAUGCCAUGAUGUCCUUCGCCAGCCGAUGCAUUUCUGGCGAGCACAUACCCAGUUCGACCCUCAAGAACAUCGUCAUGCUGGCGGUUGCUGAGGAUUCGACGCCUCCUCCGGCCCACGUGCGCAGCUACCGGCGGUCCUACGGCAGAAGAUACGGUCAGGUAAACGCCAACAGGGAAGAUAUUUACGGACGUAGGUUAUCACAACGAUCGAUGUCGUGCGAUUCGCGCUUCGAUGACGAACCGUCACAAAUUAUUCAAAGAUCUCGUAGUGCGUCCGCGACGCGCACUAAAGACGAAAAGCCGGUGAGCAAUCGCGGCAGGCCGAGCUCUCGCGGACGACCCCCCAAAACAUCACCCAUUCGUAAUUAUAAUAAUACGGUUAAGCGUAGAACACGUACACGAACCCCCGCGCCCACGUUACCAGAGAUUAACCCUAAAAUGUUUUUGUAUAUUGCUCCUUUUUGCGAUAAAGUAGGUACGCAGACGAAAGUUUCUUUUUAUGUAGACAAUCCAGAGGUCAAUUACUCUGAAUUGUACAACGUAGGUAACGCGGAAAAUCCAGUUGUUGUUUUAGAAAACAUUUGGGACAAGGUGCCUGCGGAUGCGAUAUCUAGAUUCCAAGGGUCAUCUGAAAGUUCACUAACGAAACCAAAACGACCUACACGCGCCACGACUCCUCGACGUGCCAAUUUGUCACUGAAAAGAAGAGGUAGGCGAAAAAGAACGGAAUCAGAGGCAUGGUUGACUCCUAAACCGACAUUUGAUGAUACACCAGCAGCUGUGGAGCCCAAAGUGAUAAAUUUCAACGAAGAAGAAAGAUAUGCUGCAGACUUGUCAGAAGAGGCUUUGUCUUCGCCGCCAAGGCAAAGAACGAGUCAGUUGUUGCGCAAACGGCCUGCAGAAAAGGCAACGAUAGACGCAACAGUCGUCAAUACAACCACUCAACCGUUUAAGCAGAGAACAUAUUUAACACCCAACAAAGGAACGGACGAAGAACCAUAUAUGCAGUCUGACAGCGAUGACAGUGACCUCACUAACAAAUCACUGAAAGUCGAAAAUAAAUUCUUAGGAGUGCAAGAGGAGGAAAUGCGUCGCUCGUUUGAGAACUUCUUCUCGGAGUUCAAAAGAAGAGAUUCGGAUGCGACUGCAGAUUCAGAAACUGACAAACAGACAAUGAAUUCAAAAGAUAGCAGCGAUUAUCCGAAUACGCAGGAUGAUAUGAUUAACAGAAUCACAAGGAUUGAUAGAAUUAUGGGAUCUAGGAGAUUGAGAAGACGGGCAACGAGAACCAGAAGUUUACCUCCAUCAUCUUAUAGACCGUUUGCUAAGCAUAUUGUAGGUGAUGAGGUUGAUGAUACUAGUUGUACAACAUUCGGAGAAACCUCUCAAGACGAAGACGACACAACGUCGUCUAGUGAAUCUUCGCGUGUCAGUAAUUCACCGUCAUCGGCAACUCGUUGUUCAUAUUCCGCGGACAGUUCGCCAUGUAAAGAGUCGGUGGAAGACACUAUAAAGCGGUUAGGUCCUGCGGAUAUUUUGCGAAUGGUAACUGGUAGCACUGUGCCUUCUAGAGUUAUCACGCCCUCAAUAGAAAGGGAUCUAGAAAUCGAUAUUGAGCCGGCUCGAACCAUCGUUCCAAGCGUUGAAGAAAAAUCUUAUGGCAAUUUGAGCACAUCAUCAAUACAAAAUAAUAAAAAGAGCUUGCUUGAAACAACCGAUCAUCAAGAUGCAAAACAAAGUUUACCAGACACUCCUAUUUGUAACAAAUCAGAUGAUACAAAACAAAAUUUACCAAACACUAUUGAUAUUUGUAAUAAACCAGUAGCAGCCAUUAAUGCGCAAAAGGAAAUCACACCCGUCCAGUCUGAUGAUGAUCCUGAAAGGUUGAUUAUUGACGAAUCGGUGCGUGAAAAGAGGGCUAUACGGUUGACUAAAAAAGGAGCUAGUUAUAAAAAAUCUAUCAGGGGCAGGAAAGCGACAGUUGCCAGUGCAAAUGAUAAAAAAAUUAAUAUUGAAAACAAAGUAGUGUCAACAGUUCUCGCAUGUGACUCGCAAAUAGAAACAAAGACAAAUGAAACGGAAGAACCACCAAAUAAAAUUUUAAGUGAAAAUGUUUUUGCAAAAACACCAGAGGUUGAAGAAAAACUUGCGGAUAAAAAAAUUGAACCGUUGGAUGACAAAUUAGUUAAUACUGUGAAGAAAGAGGAAUUGAAAGAAGAAUUAAAAGAAACGCCGAUGCAAAUCGACUUAGUCAAGGAACCUGAAAACAAGGUUGAUACAGGUAAAAUUUCGGAUAACACAAUGCAAAAAGCUGAACCGAUUGAACCAACAUCACAAUCAUCGUCAGAAAUUAGAGAUGAGAAACCUAAUAAGGAGAAAGAUCUGGAGAGUGGAGAUGAAAAACUCAAUAAGGAGAAAGUUCUGGAGAGUGGAAAUGAAAAACUCAAUAAGGAGAAAGUUCUGGAGAGUGGAAAUGAAAAACUCAAUAAGGAGAAAGCUCCAGAGAUCAGAGAUGAAAAAACUGAUAAGCAGAAAGCUCCAGAGAUUGGAGAUGAAAUAUCUGAUAAGCAGAAAGCUCCAGAGACUGGAGAUGAAAAACCUAAUAAGCAGAAAGCUCCAAAGACUGGAGAUGAAAAAAUUAAUAAGCAGAACGCUCCAGAGAGUGGAGAUGAAAAACCUAAUAAGCAGAAAGCUCCAGAGAGCGCAAAUGAAAAAACUAAUAACAAGAAAGCUCUAGAAAGUGGAGUUGAAAAGCAGAAGGCGCCAGAAAGUACAGAUAAAAAGCCUGAUAAGGUGAAAAGCUCAUCAUCAUCAGAUGAUGAUGCCAAAACCUCAUCAGACAAUGAUUCUAAAUCAAUGAAACGACAAAUUGCUGAUUUGCAAUCAGCAGCUCUGAUUCUAGAUCAUUGGCGUGCAGGUGAUAAAAUUGCUGAGCGCAAAUUGAACAAUUCUAGAUCAGUCGCUAGUAUUGUAGAAACUGCACCACCUGUUAUUGCCAAAAAGUCGACAGUCGUCGAUUUACCGGUGGAAAAAAUAUUUUACACGGCUUCUAGAAAGGAUUAUAGCAAGGCAGACGCAGAGAGAGAUCUGUUCAAAAUUGUGCAGAAAGAUGAACCAAAAAAUAAAACCAAUGAAGAUCUUUUUGAUGUUUCGAAAACUGCAAAAGCUCCUGAGGCAGGCAAUCGUAAAUCCGAUGUCGUAGCUGAAAAAGAAAAAGUUUUGUGUGAGAAUCAACCACAAAAGGAUGAAGAUUUGGAUAAAUCUGGUAAAGAAGCGAUGCAGGUCAAGGAAUUGCCAAUUAAUGAUACACAAAGUCAUGACACAAGUGUAACUUCAGAUACGGAUACUCCGAAUUUAUACCAAGUGUCAACUUUUCUUGAUAUUACCAGCACACCCAAUAAAGCAGCCGAUGAACCUUCUCAAAAUGUUACAAAUGAUCAACCACAACUUGCAGCAGCUAAGAAAAUUGAUUUCCAAGAUAAUAAGAUUGCAGAAACAACAAAAGUUGAUGUAUUUGACGUGAAGAAGAAAAGUAACAUGAAAGGAAAGGAUAGUAGUUUGAAAAAUAAAGAAAAGCCUAAUAAAAUUUUGUAUGUGGUACGAGGAAAUGCGGUGCAAAAUACGAACAUAACACCCACUAAAACUAAAAUGACGACAUUAAAGACGUUCCUUCAAUUGACAAUGCUACACAAAUUAAUUACAAGGUCAAAUGUGGUGGAGGAAAAGUUGGAUCAACCACCAGGUAAUAAAACUGAGUUGCCCAAAGAAAUAUCAAAUUCCAUUGAAGAACCAAAAGAUUCUAAAAACGAUCAGACAGAUAGUAUGGUAAGCGAUAUUUCAGAUACUAUUUCUAGUACUAUUAUAAUUCCUGAUAAAAUAAUUGAAUGCGACAUGGAAACAAUUCAGGUUGUUGGAGCUGUCGAAGAAGUUCACACGGAUGGAUCAGAGGACAAAACCGAAGAAGUCGGAGAAAUGGUUAGUGAAAUCAAACCAGAAGUUAUUAGUAAAAGUAGAAAACGCAAGGAAGUUGCAAAGAAGGAUAAAAAAUCUGCAAGGAAGAAGGAAUCGAAAUCUAGUAAGAACAUAAAAUCUUUGGAGGUAAUCGAUGAUAAAAAAGCACCUGCGGUUGAGGAUAAACCUAAACGCGAUAGAAGUAAAUCCAAAGCCACGCAAGAUAAAGUUUCUGAAAUUGUUUCUGAAACUACGCCUACAACUGAAACAAAGCAAGAGAGUAGUGAAAAUUUGAAAAAAUCAUCACGUUCAGCAUCUCGGGAUCCAAAAAAUGCACAAGUUGAUGGUGAUAGCUCUUUGAAGAAGACUAAAGUUAAACAAAUGCCCGGUUUGAUGCCCAUUGGAGCAGCAAAUCCUAUUAAUGAUUCAAAGUUUAAGACGAAAACAAAAGAAUUGUUGAUGAAUUCUGAAACAGAUGUCUCAAAAAUUGACAGGCACCUCAAAAAAUCUAGUAAUUUGUUACAAACUAAAGCUGAUAAAGUUAAUGAAACACCAAAAAGUGAUGUACAAACUGCUAAGGAUUUGGAAAAUUUAUUAGCAGAUGACUCAAAAGUUGAUAAGAAAACUAAUACAAAACGCAGUAGAUCAGAAUCUGUGAAGUCUAAGGAAUCUCUAAAAACUCAAACAAACGCUGCUGUCAAGCAUCAAACAGAUGAUAAAAUCAAGGAUCAAGUCAAACCAGCUAAUUUUGGAGUUAGAAAAAAUAGUUAUGGAGAGUUGGGUGCUGGUAUUAAAACGCCUGGUCAACUCAAAUAUAUUCCACCACUUGCUGCAGAUGCAAAUGCCGAAGACAAACUGUGGCAUAAAACAGGAGAUAUUUCAGGAAACAAUAAUAUUGGGUAUAAAAAAAUGGAGAAUUUUAAAAUCCCUAAAAGAAAAGCCAGUGUGGUAGUCGUUGACGAGGAGCUGAAUUUGACGCAGGACAACAAGGUUUCUGAGAGCGAAAAUCAAAUUGUUUUGGUUAAAGAAAAAAAGCAAACCAAAAAAAGUGUAGCGUCUAAAGUUGUAAUGGAGGAACCAAAAGAUUUAAGUGAGACAUACGUUGUCAGUUCUACGACCAUCGAUAAUGACAAUAUUGUUUUGAGGUCGCGAAAUGUAGCCACACGUAGUACACCAAAAGUGUUUUUGGUCGAGGAAUAUGCAGCGAAAGCAGCGGCUAUUCCUGUUUUGCCAAAAUUAUCACGCCGGAAAAAUCUUACAGUUGGGGUUGAUAGGUUAUCGGAAGAUAUUGUGCAACAAAAACUCAAUAAGGUUGUUCCAAAAGUAUCGAAACGUAAAAAUAAUUCAAAGCCUGCAGCAGUACCGGAAAAGAAACCGAAGGCUUCGGCUAAGAAGACUAAAGUAGUUGAUGUUAAAGUUAAAGAGCCGGUUGUUAAAAAGCGUUCGCCGCCUAAAAAAAAGUCACCUGCCGCCAAAGGCACUACCAACAAAAGACGUUUAGGCAUGGCAGUUGUCAUCAAUAAUACUGCCAAAAAGCGAAAAACCGACACAGAUAUCUUACUAGACCAGAUACCAGUUUGUGGGGACACUCCAAAACGCAGGAGCAACCGCCGCAAAUCGGUUUUGUUCGAAAAAUCACCAAACUCUGAUCUGGUGAACCCCGAAGAAUCAAACGAAGAAGUUGCAGAUUUACCAAUACCACCAGGAGCUGCUAGGGAGCUGAUGUACCCAUCAGACGACAGUUUGGGAUCAGAAUAUUUUAAAAAUGAAUAUAAUGUAGAUGAGUGCGAAGACUUCAGGGACGACUCGUCUCCUGAACCUCUGAUUGUAGAAAUCGAGGAAGUGCAGGUUAGUUCUAGCGUUGAUAAUCUCACUCUCGAUAAACCACCGGAGUUUAGUGCUGAUGAAUUGAAACAGCAUUUUUUCUCAUGA